AACAAUGUUUGUGUCCGUUAUAUUAGCAUAAUCUCGCGAUACAUGUCCUAACGUAUGCACGUGCUGCCGCGAGAGCUCGAUUUCGCGCGCUGAGCCUAAAGCUCCGGUCAGAGGAGUGAUUGACGGGUGUGUGAGCCAAUCUACGAAUGUAUUUCAACCCACAGGAACCAAUUGAAACGCGGCAUCGCCUGCCGCAGGAGGGGAAAACACGUUGUUGAACCAAAUUUUCAUUGAAUCUUCGUACGAGGUUUUAUGUGGGCUGCUGCAAUGUGGAUCCAGGUGCGCACUAUGGACGGUAAGCAGACCCACCGGGUCGACUCCCUGUCCAAACUCACUAAGGUGGACGAGCUGAGGCUGCGAAUCCUGGAGCUCUUCAACGUUGAGCCUGAAAGACAAAGGCUCUUCUACAGAGGCAAACAGAUGGAGGAUGGCCACACUAUUUUCGAUUACAAUGUGGGCCUCAAUGACAUUGUUCAGCUCCUCGUGAGACAAGCGCUUCCUGCAGUCUCUUUGCCCAAAGACAAGGAGGCCGAGCUGUCAGACUCUGACUCGGGCUGCGGUUCGGGUCAGAGUGAGUCGGAUAAGAGCUCCACUCACGGUGAGUGUGAGGGUCAGAGUGCUGGAACCUCGGCCCAGAGUGACCUCGUCGACCCAGGUUUUGGCUUCUAUAAGAUAAAUGAGUUCGUGGACGCCAGAGACCUGAAUAUGGGUGCUUGGUUUGAGGCUCAGAUCGUAAACGUGACAAAGACUCCCAAACCCAUAGAAGGUGAAGGCAUGGAAACGGAUGGUGAGGACGAGAUCCGCUACCACAUCAAAUACGAAGAUUACCCGGAGAACGGGGUGGUGCAGCUCCAGGGGAAGGAUGUGCGCCCACGUGCCCGCACCGUCUACCAGUGGCACCAGCUGGAGGAGGGCAUGGUGGUCAUGGUGAACUACAACCCCGACGAGCCCAAAGAGCGUGGCUACUGGUACGAUGCUCAGAUCCAGAGGAAGAGGGAGACGCGCACCCAGCGAGAGAUUUUUGGCAAAAUACUUCUCGGGGAUGCUGGAGACUCUCUGAAUGACUGCCGGAUCUUGUUUGUGAGCGAAAUCUACAAAAUCGAAGAAGCUGGAAGCUCUGAGGGAUCCACAGCCGCUUCUGACAGCCCUCUGAAGAGGUCCAAUGGGCCAGAGUGUAAACACUGUAAGGACGACCCCAAGAAAACCUGCCGCUGGUGUAAUUGCCGUGUGUGUGGGGUGAAGCAGGACCCUGACAAGCAGCUGCUGUGUGAUGAGUGUGAUAUGGCCUUCCACACAUACUGCCUUAACCCGCCUCUCACCACCAUUCCGACUGAUGAGGACUGGUACUGCCCCGAAUGUCGGACUGAUGCAAGCGAGGUUGUCCUGGCCGGAGAGAAGCUGAAGGAAAGCAAGAAGAAAGCGAAGAUGGCAUCUGCCAGCUCGUCCAGCCAGAGAGACUGGGGCAAAGGUAUGGCGUGUGUGGGCCGCACCAAACAGUGUACCAUCGUUCCCUCCAACCAUUAUGGGCCUGUGCCAGGAGUCCCUGUGGGUACCCUCUGGAAGUUUAGAGUGCAGGUGAGUGAGUCCGGAGUCCACAGGCCUCAUGUUGCAGGGAUCCAUGGCCGAAGCAAUGACGGUGCUUAUUCUCUAGUGCUGGCUGGAGGCUAUGAGGAUGACGUGGAUGAUGGUAACGAGUUUACAUAUACAGGUUCUGGUGGUCGAGAUCUCUCUGGUAACAAGCGAACUGCUGAACAAUCCUGUGACCAGAAACUCACCAAUAUGAACAGGGCCCUGGCUCUGAACUGCAAUGCGCCAGUGAAUGAGAAGGACGGUGCUGAGGCAAAGGACUGGAAGGCGGGGAAGCCUGUGAGGGUGGUGCGCAGUUCUAAAGGUCGCAAACACAGCAAAUACUGCCCAGAAGAUGGGAACAGAUAUGACGGCAUUUACAAGGUGGUGAAGUACUGGCCAGAGAAGGGCAAGUCAGGUUUCCUGGUAUGGAGAUACCUGCUCAAAAGGAAUGAUGAUGAAUCGGCACCGUGGACCCGAGAUGGCAAAGAACGCAUUAAAAAGCUGGGUCUUACCAUGCAGUAUCCUGAAGGUUAUCUGGAAGCAGUGGCUGCAAAGGAGAAGGAAAAGGAGAAUAAGAAUGAGGACGAGGUGGCUGACACACCUGCCAAGGGCAAGAGGAAGCGGAAAUCUCAGGCAGUUGAGGAUGAGGAGAAAACUUCACCAUCUAAGAGCACACCCAAGAAGGUCAAAGUGGAGGCCUACAAGCUGACCAAGGAGCAAAAGGCCCUGAUCAAGGAAGACGAGCUUAACAAGAAACUUUGGGAUGAGGCCAUGGAGUCUUUAAGCUUAGGACCUAGAUUUAUAAACAAGGUGGAAGAAGUUUUCCUGUGUAUCUGCUGCCAAGAAGUUGUUUACCAGCCCAUCACCACAGAGUGCCAACACAAUGUCUGCAGGGAAUGUCUCCAGCGGUCCUUCAAAGCAGAGGUAUACAGCUGCCCCGCCUGUCGUCACGAUCUAGGCAAGAACUACCAGAUGACGGUGAACAAAGCUCUACAAGCCAUCCUGACCCAGCUGUUCCCUGGCUACAGCAGCGGCCGAUGAUGACCGCUUGUGUUAUAAGAAAACGUGCCGAUGAACUAGCGAAGGCAGUGCUGUGCAUCGUGACUGAAUUCAACACCAUGAUACAAGUCACCUUUCAAAAUAUUGAAAAAGUCAUGAGCUAAUCAGGGUGUAGGGUGAUCCAUAAGUCGUUAAAUUUGUUUGGUCCGAUUCUUAGCAGGGCUGUACUUCGUAACCUGCUCUCUCUCUCUUUUUUUUUUUUUAGCCCAUCAGGUAGAUCUUUCCCUCCCAAUACAUAUCUUGUAUUAACAGAUCUCUCAUAAUAACUUUGUAGAGAUGUUUUUAUGUGUAGGAGCUUCCUGUUAUGAAAAGUAAUUCCUGAAUUACUCUGCACCAGCACAUGUUUUAUAAAAAUGGGGGGGAAAGAAAAGAAAAAUCUUCCGCUACGCACAACUGCACUAUUUGCUUCGAGCAAAAUCCUUUACAAUUUUUUUUUUUUUUUUUUUUGGGCCAGGGAUAAGUGGACAUAUUUUGAUAGCAGGUAUGUAGGCAUGCACUGGCAUCAGGAACAUUUUAUAAAACACUUGAUAAAGAUCAAAUUUUUGUCUUAACAGCCAUGUAUUUUGACACCCCCUAGUAUUCCUACUUGGGUGAUUUAACUGAAAGCUAAUCAGUGUGUGUAUGUAUGUUUUUAUAUAUAU